GGCGUUACAUACAUACGCACGGAUGACAAAUCCGUCGCGGUUUUGCGGGAUCUAUCCGGGGGUUAUCGUUAUCGCCACGUAUCACGUAUCGACUCUUCCUGCCAGGCGUAGUAAUCAUGAUCCUGCUCGAGAUACACAACAGGAUACUCGAGGAAACGUUGACGAAUAAAAUCAAGAAUGCUCUGUCGGGACAUAAGCAGGAAUCGACAGACGUAGUCAUAGCAGACUUUGAUGGGGUAUUGUUUCAUAUUUCAAACCUCAGUGGAGACAAGUCGAAGCUUAGAAUUAGUAUAUUGCUCAAAUUUUAUAAACAGUUGCAAGAGCAUGGCGCAGACGAGUUGCUCAAACGAGAGUAUGGGGCUCAUCUUAUUGCACCGGAGAGCGGUUAUAAUGUAUCAGUUCUCAUAGAUCUAGAGAAAUUACCAGAGGAUUGGGAGGCGUUAGUGAGGAAAGUUGCCCUGUUGAAGAGGCAUUGCUUUGCCAGUGUCUUCGAGAAAUAUUUUGACUUCCAGGAAGAAUACUGCGAUUCUCCAGGCAGGCCAGUACAGAAGAGAGCUGUAAUUCAAUAUCGAGAUGAGGAAACAAUGUAUGUGGAGGCUAAGAGCGACAGGGUCACUGUAGUGUUCAGUACAAUAUUCAAGGAUGAGGACGACAUGGUAAUUGGUAAACUGUUUCUUCAAGAACUGAAAGAAGGCAGGCGCGCGAGCCACACUGCUCCGCAAGUCUUGUUCAACCACCGUGAGCCGCCGUUGGAAUUGCAAGAUUCCGAGGCGGCAGUCGGAGAUUGCAUUGGUUACAUCACAUUCGUAUUGUUUCCACGUCAUACCAAUCGAGAAGCUCGCGACAACACUAUCGACCUGAUACACAUGUUUAGGAAUUAUUUGCACUAUCAUAUCAAGUGCAGUAAAGUUUACAUUCAUUCGAGAAUGCGUACCAAGACAACAGAUUUUCUCAAGGUAUUAAAUAGAGCGCGAUCCCAAUCCAAAAACACUGAGAAGAAGACUAUCACGGGACGGACAUUCAUCAGGAAAGAAUGAACGUGCUGUAGGAGCGAAAGUAUUAACACUUUUCAAGAAAAGAGAGCAAAGGAUUAUUGCGUGGCUAGUGUGGUCUGAAACGUCUUAAGAACGAGAUUUCUUGCAAAGAUAUCCUUCGAUUCGUGCGCUAUCAGCGAGCUAAGUGCUUUGAGUUUCAACCUUUCUCGAACAGUGCCCAAUAUUUCGGAAAGACGUAGUUAAAGCCGCGUUAAACGAAUAAGGAAGAAAAUGGAAAAGGAGAAUCGGAAAUUUGUGCCGGAUCAUACGACUAUGUCUCGAUUAUCCAGAAAGGGAUAUUCGAAGACGCCGGAGUUGCAUCUGUGUACUAAUGGUUGACAGUUACUGCUACUGCGAAGAAUAUCGCUCGUUGCAAAACGUUUUAUCGAUUUUUACAGUGAUUUAAGGUUCAAAUACGGUGCCGCUUCAAGAAU